UGAUGCUGAUAUACAACAACAACAUACAGUACCUGCACACCUCCCGAGUUGAGGCAUUUGGUCAAAAUGUUUAUACAAGACGGAUGCUGCAUGUAGAAUUGAUAGUAGUUUAAAUCCAUUUCCACUGUUGUUGUUGGUAAGUCUACUUCCUAUGCUAAUAUUAAUCACAUUUAAACGAAGAGAUAGCUGAAACAACAUCACCAUGGAUGAAGUCGCGGAAUUUUCGAAGUCUCUUCUUAAAAGUAUGGCUGAGCUACGGCAAGCAGGAGAGCUGCUCGAUAUAACGCUGAAGGUUUCGGGUCGGAAGGUUCGUGCCCAUCGUAUCGUCCUAGCUAGCGGCAGCCCUUACUUCAAAGCAAUGUUGACUGGUAGCCUAUGUGAACGAGAGAAAGAAGAAAUAGAACUGAAAGGGAUAGACGAUGGCAUUCUUAGAACUCUAGUUGAAUUCCUUUACUCAGGAAAUAUUUCUGUUACUGAAGCAAAUGUCCAGAACCUAUUACCGGCUGCAAACUUGCUGCAAAUUAAGGCAGUUACCAAUAAGUGCUGUGAAUUUCUGAAGCACCAAAUACAUAUCAUAAACUGCAUAGGCAUUGCUAAAUUUGCAGACACCCAUGACUGCAAAGAACUCUAUGAGUAUGCAUGCGAUUUUAUCCAUGAGCACUUUAAAGAUCUUUGCAAUAGUGAAGAAUUCAACCAAAUGGAACCCAAUGAAUUAGCCAACAUUCUGAGUAGUGAAAAUCUAAAUGUAGACUCUGAAGAAAACACAUUUGAAAUGUUAGAAAGGUGGCUACAAUAUGAUCCAAAUCGUAGACGAGCUUAUGUUCCCAAAUUAAUUUCACACAUUCGCCUACCCUUGAUGUCUUUUAAAUACUUAACAAAUAUGUAUGAGAACAAUGAAUUUAUCUGUGAAAGUGUAUCUGCAAAAGAGGCGGUGAAUCGUGCCCUGCAAUAUCACAUCUCUGAAGACCGAUCCAAAUUGAUGGGCGAGAAGAAGAUGCAAGUUACUUGUCGCAGACCAGCAAAAAUGUUGUGUGCUGUUGGUGGGAAAAAUGGAUUUUCUGCAACAUUGGAAAGCGUGGAGAUCUACCAUAUAAAUACAAAGGAGUGGGUUGAAGUAGCACCGCUAAGCUUUCGACGUCUUGACUACGCAACUGCCGUUCAUGAUCGCAAGUUAUACGUAAUCGGUGGAACUAAAACAAAGAUACGUUCUUGUAAAGGUUCUGUACACAGAGAACUAGAUAGCAGUGUGGAACGAUGGAACCCUGAGACAAAUGCUUGGACACCUGUAGCGAACAUGUUAAGAUGUCGUAGUCAUCACGCCUCAGCGGUCUUCCAUGGAAAAAUAUAUGCUCUAGGUGGCUAUGAUGGAGAAACUUAUAUGAGGAGCGUUGAGUGCUACUGCCCAUUGACGAAUCAGUGGAGUUUGUCGCCCCCAAUGUUGAAAAGUAGAAGUUUUUUCAGAGCUGUUGUUGCUAAUGGAAUGCUGUAUGUUAUAGGAGGGUGUGGACAGGAUAUUAACAGUGUUGAAAGGUUUGAUCCUGAUUCAGAAACUUGGGAAAUGGUAUCGCCAAUGGCAGACAAACGAAUCGACUUUGGUGUCGCGGUUUUACAUAACUACAUUUACGUGGUGGGCGGCCAUAAUGGUACUUCUCACUUAAGCAGCGUGGAAAGAUACGACUGUAACAGAAAUAAGUGGUCGGUCGUCGCUUCACUGAAUCUCGCUAGAACAGGUCUAGGAGCAGCUGUAAUGGGACACAAAUUAUACGCUGUUGGAGGUCAUUCAGGGUCAUCAUAUUUAAACCGAGUUGAAGAGUACGAUCCUGAUGAAAACCGUUGGCAAGUGAUAGAUAAGAUGCUAUAUUGUCGGUGCAACUUAGGUCUAGAAGCUCUCUGAUUCUACCCUUAAAUGGACAAGUUUUUGUAACUUAGGCUUAGAAUUUGAAGCUUUUUGAUGCCACUUUUAAAGGCUCAGGUUGGUGCAACCUAGGCCUAAGAGCUCUUUAAUUCCACCCUCAUGCUGGGCACACACACUCCACUGUAUGACAGUCUGCUGAUGAAUCCAUGUCUGUCUGUGAGAGAUUAAUGACGGUACAACAUCUGCUGGCAGUUUGAGUGGAUCGUCAUUAAGAAUAAUUUGUUGGAGCGUCUUAUCUCAUUGCGCUCUCUGUAGAAUCUUGUCGGCCGACGACCAUCAGCGCAGUGUGUGCCAGACUUCAAAGUGACAUGUCAUUGCAACUUAGGCCUAGAAGUUUUUUGAUAUCAACCCUUAAUGUGAAAGUUAGCUGCAACCUAGGCCUAAGAACUUUCGAUUCACCCUUCAAAGCGAGAGUGGUUGCAACUUAGUCCUAGAAGCUCGUAAUUUCACACUUAAAGUGACAGGUCUCUGCAACUUAAGGCCUAGAAGCUAUUUCAUUCCACCCUUAUAAGUGACAUCUUUCUAUACCUGUUGAGAAUGAAUACACCCAGUCAGUAGCUCUG